AUGCGCCGGGCUAAGGCGUUCCGUUCGGACUUCGCUGUGGAUAAGGGAGAGGGCGUUGGCACAGCCGAGGCGCGCGCAGCCACCCGCCUAAAAAACAUAAACUUGACGAAGUUACACGCAUCAUACGAGCGUUAUAUCAGAACAGUCCCCCGUGAUUUGCGCUUGCCAGCGUUGCGUCAGUCGUGGCAUCCCGUGACCCCUGACCACCGUUCCAGGUCCAGCAUAUCGCAGUGGAAUCGCGAGAUAGGCGCGUGGCGCCGCCGUGUUUAUUUGUGGAGCAACGUCACCGACUCGCAGUGUGGUCAGUUAUCGGAAGCCGUCAGCAAGGGCGACGUUGAUGCGUUUUUGUCCAUCUGCGAAAGACCGCCGGCACCGGAUGCUCCUGCAACUUACGCACAGCUGGUGGACCCAGACUGCACGGAUAUAGGUUCGGCGCCUGUGCUGUACAAGCCAAGCUGGUUCAAGGGCCAAUUGACGCAUGCGGGGUUUCAAACGGUCGAGGAGUCCGACUUCGUUGCACGUGCGGGAAAGGUUCACGACUCUUGUGCGAACCCUGAGUUCCGCGAGUUCUACGCAGACUACAUCAAGUCAUACACUGACAGCGAUCCCCCUGUUGGCGGCGAUUGA